AUGUCUGAGAAUAACGAUUGGAAAAAGAAUUUGAAUGUCCCCGAGAAGGACACCAGACCACAAACAGACGAUGUCUUAAACACCAAAGGUAAGUCAUUUGAAGACUUUAACUUGAAAAGAGAGUUAUUGAUGGGGAUUUUUGAAGCUGGAUUUGAAAAGCCCUCGCCUAUUCAAGAAGAAUCGAUACCCAUGGCUUUGGCGGGCAGAGAUAUACUCGCGAGAGCCAAAAACGGUACAGGUAAAACAGCAUCUUUCAUCAUUCCAUGUUUACAAUUGGUCAAGCCCAAGUUGAACAAAAUCCAAGCAUUAAUACUAGUACCCACAAGAGAGUUGGCCUUGCAAACGUCGCAGGUGGUUAGAACUCUAGGCAAACAUUUAGGGGUCCAGUGUAUGGUUUCCACUGGUGGUGGCUCGUUGAGAGACGACAUUCUCAGAUUAAACGACCCCGUGCACAUUGUGGUUGGAACGCCCGGUAGAGUCUUGGACUUGGCAUCUAGAAAAAUCGCCGACUUGUCAGAAUGCCCCAUUUUCGUGAUGGACGAGGCUGAUAAGAUGUUAUCCCGAGAGUUCAAAGGUAUAAUAGAGCAGAUUUUAGAGUUUUUCCCCAAGGAUAGACAAGCGUUGUUGUUUAGCGCUACAUUCCCCAUUGCAGUCAAGUAUUUUAUGGAUAAUCAUUUGAACAAGCCCUAUGAGAUUAAUCUUAUGGAUGAGUUAACUUUGAAAGGUAUAUCGCAGUUUUAUGCGUUUGUUGAGGAGAAGCAGAAGUUGCAUUGUUUAAACACGUUAUUUUCCAAAUUGCAAAUCAACCAGUCGAUCAUUUUCUGCAAUUCAACAAAUCGAGUUGAGUUGUUGGCCAAGAAGAUCACCGAGUUGGGCUAUUCGUGUUACUAUUCGCAUGCGAGAAUGCCGCAGCAGGCGAGAAACAAGGUGUUUCACGAGUUUAGACAGGGAAAAGUUCGAAAUCUAGUCUGUUCCGAUUUGUUGACCAGAGGUAUCGAUAUCCAAGCGGUCAAUGUUGUCAUUAAUUUUGAUUUCCCCAAGACGGCCGAGACCUACUUGCACAGAAUCGGUCGUUCUGGAAGAUUUGGACAUUUGGGUUUGGCCAUCAACUUGAUGAGUUGGAACGAUAGAUAUUCAUUAUACAAGAUUGAGCAGGAGUUGGGAACUGAAAUCAAGCCCAUCCCGGGAAGUAUCGACAAGUCAUUAUACGUUGCUGAAAACAAUGAUGCUGUCCCUAAACCAUUCAGAGCGGAAGAGUUGACCAAAAAUGGACACCAGCAGUCUGUGAAGCACUAA